UCUCUUCUCUUCUAUAAUUCUUUGUUUCAAUGGAAAGAUAGAGAAAAAAAAAACAAGCAUGGGUAGAGCUCCUUGCUGUGACAAAGCUAACGUGAAAAAAGGUCCAUGGUCACCUGAAGAAGAUGCCAAGCUCAAGGCAUAUAUUGAGCACUAUGGUACUGGUGGAAACUGGAUCUCUUUGCCUCAGAAAAUUGGUCUCAAGAGAUGUGGGAAGAGCUGCCGUUUAAGAUGGUUGAACUAUCUUCGCCCAAAUAUCAAACAUGGAGGUUUCUCGGAAGAAGAAGAUGAAAUUAUUUGUAGUCUCUAUGUCAGUAUUGGGAGUAGGUGGUCUAUUAUUGCUGCACAGUUACCCGGGAGGACUGAUAAUGAUAUAAAGAAUUAUUGGAACACAAGACUUAAGAAGAAGCUUCUUGGCAGAUAUCUCCGGCCUGAGCCGCCUUUCCCGGUGGUGCCGGUACCGUACUCGAGCCAAGAACAAAGUAUCCAGUUUACGAACUCUCAGUGCAGUGUUGUAGAUGGAGCAAAUAUGGAGCAGCACAUGCUUCAAGGGCAAACCAGUUCUUCUUCAUUAAAUGGAAUGGGAUUGUUAUAUGGGGAAGACAUUAUCAAUGAUACAAGCUCUCUGGUUUGCCUUGGAAUGUUUCAACACUAUGCGUUCAAUGAUCGUAUCAGCUUGCAGUAAAUUGAAAGGGAGGUGUUGAAUUAUAAUCUUAGAGAGAAAACCCUAAAUUUAAAUGAUAAUUAUAAUCUAGUUUUAGCUCAUUAUUAUAUGGUUGCUUUGUAUUGUUCAUAUGUGCUUGGUGUUAUAUUUGAAUCUUGGUGAAUUCUUUUUCUUCACUGUGUUUUUUAGUGCUCAUUUUUUGUUUUUUGUGUGUUUUUUAAUGCCUAUUUGUGUCAUAGUAUUACAUGUAAUUGAAGGUAUAUUAAUUGAUUUAAAGCUCUUGUUGAAA